AUGCGAGGCAACUGGCGAACGUUGGUCUCUAUAACGACCUGGCUGCUCCUGCUGGAACUCAGCGGCAUAGGCAGCAAGGAGAGCUGCUACUACAUAUUCUUCACCCAUGCCAACUGGACGGAUGCCCGACCGAGGUUCAUUGUAAACAUGACGUUUUCCAAUCAAACCGGCAUUGGCUCUGUGACCACCAUCAACGAGGAGAUAGCCUCACCUGUGUCCCGGAUUCUAAUCCUCCAGCAUUCGUCCAAGGAGAAACCCCGUACUAUUUACAAUGCCACCAUGAAGCUGUGCGAUCUGCAGAAUGUCUUCAACUCGGUGCCGCUCUUCAAGCCCGUCAAGGAUAAUAUGCUCAAGCAGAGCAACUACUCCCUGAGCUGUCCCUUGGUCCCAGGCACCUACAGCAUGGGCAACAUGAAGGUCAGCCCCAAGAAUCCGCUGCUGAGUCUUCUCUAUCAGCCCAAGCACACGUUUUCUGUCAAGGGUGGUCUCUUUGAGGAGCUGGGCUCGAGGGGUCGCCUGAGGCCCUUGUCCACUUAUUUUAUGGCUGGAAAGGUGGUCAAGAGGAGCUGUGGGGCCAAUGAAUGA